AUGACCUCCUGCAUUUGUUUGGGCCCCAAAAGGGCAGGGAAAACUCAUCUCUUAAAGGCUCUGCAGGACCCAGAUUCCAUCGAUGAGACAAGCUAUUCCAUGCCCACCAUUGGGACAGGCAUCUACCGCAUCCAUUUCCCCACCAAGUCACCAAAUGGCGACAAGCCCAGGCCUCCGCCUCCACCCACCGAUGGAGCUGCCCAGGUUAACAUUCCGCACGGCGGAAAGAAUCUGCCCAAGUCCAUACAGAUCCUGGAAAUUGGCGGCAGUAUGGCGCCAUUAUGGAGACAGUACUUCGAGGAUGUCAAGAAGCUCAUCUAUGUGGUGGACACUUCGAAUCUCUGCCAGAUUUCCGCUGCCGGUGUUUUGUUCUACUCGAUUCUUACCGAACCCCGGCUGCAGAAGGUCAAGAUCCUGUUGGUUCUGGCCAAAAUGGACUAUUCCUACCGUCAGAUGAGGAAUGAAGCUCUGCUGAUGCUGCAGAUGUCCAAGCUGCAGAAGCAAAUCCGUCAGCAGGUGACCAUUGUGGAAGCCAGUGCGGUAACCAAGGUGGGUCUUGAUCCCAUCUACGACUGGCUGCAGAGGCCUUAG